AGAGAUCCCGAGAGAAAGCAGGAAAACAGGCUCAGUGGAGACCCGGCUCUGCGGCUGCUGGCUUUAAAGAGGCUGAAAAUCAUUUGGUUGCGGGUAUGUAAGAAGAGACAAAAGUGCUCAGCAGGUAAGAGCGGAGGGUUUUGCCAAGAAGGAACUGUCCUUGAUCGCUGUGACAGGAUUGACUCGCUGGGGAUUCUUCUCUCGGGAGCGUCCACGUGUCCCUGAGGGGAUUGCCUGUCUCCUCUCAUCAGCAUCACGGCGAGAAAUUUUACAGCAACUCUUUCUAGUCCUGCUAAUCCUGUUAUCCGGGGGGUUAUAAAUAUUAACAUCGCUGGGGAUGGGGGACCAAAUUAAGCCCUCUCUGAAGUAAGAUGUCAGCCAGCCUCUUCCCAGCCCACCAGCUCCCGGGGCUGCUCGAUGAGUUUCACGGCAGAGCCCCGCAAGUGCCCUGUCCGGAGAGACUGCUUGGCGCCUCGGUGCUGGAUUUUGUGGCCGACCUGUCCCUGGGAGCCCCCCAGGGACCCCCCGGGGCCGGGCCGGGCCUGGGACUCUGCGACGUCACCGCCGGCUCCCCUUUCGGCGACAGAGCCCUGUCGCUCCGGGAGGGAAUGGCCCGGGGGCUGCCCCUGGCUGCCUUCGGAGAUGGAGAUCCCGAGGACGAAGAAGAGGAGGAGGAAGAGGAGAGGAUGCGCAGCGCUUCCCUCCUGGAUAGACCCAGGAGAAAGCGGGUCAUCACAUACGCCCAGCGCCAGGCUGCCAAUAUACGGGAGAGGAAGAGAAUGUUCAACCUCAACGAGGCGUUCGAUCAGCUGAGGAAAAAGGUGCCCACCUUCGCCUACGAGAAGAGGCUCUCCCGGAUAGAGACCUUGCGUCUGGCCAUAGUGUACAUCUCCUUCAUGACUGAGCUCCUGGACGGAUGCAGCAGGCAGGAGGCGAGUUAAGGAGCGCCUGGGCCCGGCGGGGCGCGGCACCGAGCAGGUGGCCUCGGCAUCUCCCUCCUGGGGACGCAGAGCUGUGUCUCCUACCUCGGCUUCUCACAUCGCAGCCAGGACCGUGUAGGUGUGGGAUGCAAAACCAGGAGUGUUUGGAGCAGCGUGCGCUCGGGUCGGGGGGAGGAGCUGGGGAGAGGACGGAUAGAGAGGCUCAGUAUAUCGUAGAUUUUUUAAUAUAUGUAAUUUUUGUAAGGGGAAGGGGGGGGGAAAUGAAGGUCCGAGGCCCUUUUGUUUGUGCUACAUCGCCUGCUUGCUUUAAAAUAUUUCCAAUUUGUUGUUUUGGAGGAAGACUGGGCUGGGGCAGUGGAGCCCUUCCAAUGCGUGAAACAGGUUUCCAGAAGGUUCGGUUCCUGCCCAGUUGCCUGCCAGUGAAAUCUCGGCGUGUGCAUUUUAACCCAGCACUUUCUGUCUUUUAAAAAAUAAACAACAACUCCCUUUUCUUUGAAAUUCAGCCUGCCAAGUCCACGCCGUGUGUCACGGGGCCAGGGAAGCCGAACAUCUGGACACAACCGCUUGUUGUCACGAUUUUCUUCCCGGGACCAGCUCUGUCCUUGCGUGUGGGCAGCCAGCGCCGUGGCUCGCACGGAGCAGAAGCUGACAGAGCAGUGCCCAGUCCGGCCUGGCCCGGCCCGUCGGGGACGAGGUGCAGCGGCUGGCUGGGAUGCCUCGCAGCCUUCCCGGCACCGGGGGGCCCGGCCUGGGAAGCCGUCUGCUCCCUCCUGAGGGAGCAAACAUGAGAGCUUGUGGGCUUUGAUUUUGGGGAGGUCGAGCUGAGACAUUUUGUCUCUCGCUGGACCCCCCCCCCACACACACACAUACACCAAGAGAGUUUAAUUGCUGCAAGGAAUAAAUAUAAAUUAGUUCUAAAAACAUGGAGCGGGAGGAAUGGGGGAAACCCGGCCCGUACAUACCCUGGGGAUGUGGACAGGGUCACGCCGGGGAUCGUGUUUUAGUGUUACCUACUGAUGCCUCGCAGGCAUCUCUUAACAGAGGCGAGGUGCCGGUAGAGUGGCAGAUGCGGGGGAUGGCCGUGACCGGGCUGGGAGUGGGGCCCGCGGCUGCCCUAGAAGCCUCUCCGAUCCUUCUCUGCCCUCCCCUUUCCCCCCCCCCCGAUUCACCCUGCCCCAGUUCUCGCUCCUGCUGGUACCUUCAGUCGCUGCUGCGGGGAAAGACCAGGAUUUGUCCCUGCGUUCGGAGCAGACGGGCAGCAAACAGCUUGCUCACAGUCCCGUCCAGCCGCGCUAAACGGCCCAUCUAGGGCAGCGGUUCCGCAUGGCUUCACAGAAUAGCUUUUAUCUCCACUAUAGAAAAUUAUCGUGAUAUUAG